UUUGCAAAGUUCUUGUGUAUUUUUAAGAAGGAAAAUGUCGUAUUAUGCUACGCCUGUGUACGCCUUUAUCACUCGAAAAUACUGCCUUCUAUUACUUUACUAUCAUAUUAUUGCGACCUUUUUAAAUAUGACUUUAUUCUCGUAAAUCUACGACUUUUUUCUCCCCAAAAUCCGAUUGUUGCACAUGCGCAGUAUUGAUUUACAGUCAAUGUAUUCCUGUUGUAGUGGGGUAGGUCAAGUUAGACUUUUUAUUUAUUUGUAUUUUUAUUUUUGUUAUUGAACAUCGAUGAUUGGAUUUAGAUGGCAAAUUUGACGCACAGUUGAUUGCAUUACCAAACGUUGUGCAAAUAACCACCGUUACUGGUUGUGCUCUGAUCUUUUUAAAAUAUAUUCAUCGUAAUAAUGGAUACAGUUGUACGUUAUUGGUUCAGUACAAUGUAGUUCAGUAUUAGUGGAGAAACUUGCAUAACACAGACUGGUAAAUGUAAAAGUACUGAUUCAAUGUACGUACAUUUUACAUUUGCUAGUUUUUUCUACACCCAGAAAAUGCGUCUCCCCCUGCUUUAGAGUGCCUCGUUGUUGGCGGUGAGUGCAUGCAUGCCACGGGGAAUAGCAAGGGCGCGGGGGGUCGAUUUUAUUGUUAUUCUUUUUUUAAGUUCGACUCGACAGCCAUAGCGUGCGGACUGGGGCUUCAGGCUGGUGCGGCUGCUUUAGAGCGCCUCGUUAUCGGCUGUGAGCGCACACAUAGUCGCGAUAGUAUUUGAUUGACAGUUGACAGUUAUGCGGGGCGUGGUUUCAGCACAUUCACCAUUUGUGAGCGGAGAGUACGACGUGAUCUUCCGCGAUUUGGAAGCCUCGUUUUACGUAAACAACACCGCCUUUUACAGACUACAGUAACAGAGUAUUAUAGUGCUUGGUUACUUCCCACCGCCGUUUGCCACUGCACACUGUGUGAUGUUCCGAUGACUGACGUCAUUUUGACUGCACACAAGCGGUUGUGCGGCCAUGAUCCUGCUGGGCCCCAGUCUGUGCCUUCCCUCGCAGGCCACCGUCCAGGAGCUCUUCCUGGCGGCCCGCGACGCCAACGUGGUCCCGGACAUCUCCCUGGACCCGGUUCUCACCGCCUUCCUGUGCCUGGACUCGUCGGCUGCGCUGCAGCACCAGUACGCCUCGCUGCAGAGGAGCCUGAGCGAGGCGCAGCAAGCGGCGUUCGGCCUCCGCCUCAACCGAGAGCUCGGGGGCGGCAGGGUCACGCGCGGGGGCGUCGGCGUCGUAGCGCUGGCUUUGUCCUUGCUGCUGGACCACGUUGCGCAACAAUUUAGAGGCAACAGUUCAGCAGAGGCUAUCCAAUCGCCUCUGACAUGCCCGUCCGGGAAGAUUUUUGGCAUCGCAGUCUCUUCGAGAAUCGGCGGGAUUGCACAAAACUACCUGAACCUGAUCCCGGGCAUCGCCAACGACCAGGACAUGAUGGCCGAGACCACGGAGAUCUACGACAACUGGCUUAAACUGGAAAUGCUGGACCAUUACCAGAGGAUGACCAAUAAGAAGAGGAUGAGUUCAGUGUCCAUGCAGCAGUGGUUGACCGGAGCCGCACUUCAUCUCCACAUGAGAAUCCACCAGGUUCGUCUUCAUUCUGUGCCAUUUGGUUCAGCGGAGUCUCUUCGUCUGUCCUAUAAGACGGCCUUAAACCGUCUGGUGCAGGGUUACGUCGUCUACCUUCACAGGAACAUUCGGGAGACCGCACCAUCACCGCCGCAGCGUCGCCCGUCCGAGACAGGCCGCACGACCAACUGGACCCGCUCCAGUGAGAUGUCCUUUAACAUGAGCCAAGCGGAUACAUCCAAUGAGACGACCCGCGGCGGAGCUCGUAAAACAGAUGACUUUGCUUCAAAAGAGGGUCUUCUGGUCAUCGAGCCGGGCACAAACGUGAGUCACGGCGUGCGGCAUCACCCCUGCGAGUCUCCGGCCAUACAGCAAGCUUUGGUGACGCGAAUCAUAAACGCGCAGGACCUGGAGCAGAGCAGAAGCUUUUUCCUGUACCCCAAAAAAGUCUUCCAACGACUGCUCGCACAGGAGGAUGCUUUUGAGCUCACAAAUUAAAUUGAAUGCUUCUGUUGUUAUUUUUGACUGCUGUAUCACCUGAAUUUUCCAUAAUCUGGUUUAUUUUACAUGUUUGUAUGUGCUAUCUCAUUUAAUCUUCCAUAUCCAACAUGAUUAUUAAUAUGCAUGGACAUAUAACGCUGGUUACCAUGCAGUUAACCAAUUUAUUUGUCUUUAUGUAUAGCAUACCGCGUCCUAUGUGAUUGUCCCAUGUGUUAUUUUGUUUUUAUGGGUGUCUAUGUAAAAGGGGGAUGGAAGACAAAAUAAAAUUCAAGUUUUCUUAUUUUAUUCUAA